UGUCAUUUUCUGACGCUCUCUUGUCGAUAAAGGGCAGCCGAGUUACUUAUGUCUACCCCAAUGCGACGAUUCGAACUGUCCUGCUGACAGGCAACCGGUCUCGUUAGGGUGUGAAUUAUUGUUGAAACUUGAGGUUCGACGCAAUGUCUUUCACAGAUCUAGAAAUUCCUACCAAGCUGCUAUGGAAACGACUCAGCGAAGCAGGGGUGGAGGGUCCAUCCAACUGGAAAGAAUACGAGAUCGAGGGAGCUCAGAAGAAUGACGCAGGGGGCGACUGGGAUGGCUCGGGUUCGAUGCCGUUGCGACUCACGCAUGCUGUACUUGCGAUAUGCUUGAAUCUGGGCACACCACAGGGCAUCAGAACCAAGACGGAAGAAGCAUUCUUCGAUCCGUCGACACGACAUCAUGAGCGGAGUAUGCGGGCGAUCAUGAACAAGUUAGUUGAUUCGGUGGAAAACCUGCAGAAGAUGUCCAUUCUAGCGUUACCGGACCCGCGUUCCGAAACGGUUGUCAGUGCUCUACAAAGAGCUAGGCGGGAGGCCAAGGAUCAACAGAUGCUCUUUCUGUACAACGAUCACGGCACCCUGGCCCCAACGGAACAAGGGGAGAUAUGGUGCUUCGACACCGACUUUCCUAUCAGUCCUACCACUUACAAUCCGGUUUUUGUGUCGGCAUUGGUAGACGUUGCACUCCCAGGAACCAUUUACGUUUGGGAUUGUGACAAUGCUGGCAAAGUCAUUGACAGCGCUAUUGAACACGCGAGGAGGAAGGAUCUGGGCACGGAGUCGGAUUCAAUCUUCUUGAGGGACAAGAGGCAGAAGUUUACACAUCUCGAUCACGACAUCCAUUUCGGAGCGUCGGCCCACAAACAAGUCCUGCCAACUGCUGAUGGCUUGCCUAGAGACGUGUUUACCGUCUGCAUGCUGUCGCCACUCUUGAUGGCUUUGCGCCACCACUUCGCAGCCGAUGAUCUGAAAUUGACGAAGUCGAUGACCGCGGCUUGCCCUCCUAUCACGACGGAGAUGCUCAUGAAACUACCCGGCCAAUUGAAUCAGCGUGAUACACCAUUAGGGGAGAUGAACUGGCUCCUAAUGGCCAUCCUGGAGACUAUUGCCUUUCAGAGUCUCCCGUUGAACCUUUUUCGCAAACUGUUCCGAACCAAUUCCGGACUAGCGGGCCUGGCGCGUGGUUUCAUACUGGCGCAAAGAGUGCUUCGACAAUAUGACUGUACUCCGGUCAGCUAUCCUCCCAUGCCAUCAACGCAUCUGCAUCCACUGUGGCAAGUCUGGGACACCGCUGUGGACGACCUGUUCUGUCAACUUCCCCUUCAAGAACCCCUGCCUGGCCAAUUACACGUCUACCGCUCGCCCAAACUCCUCUCAGAACAGUUGUUUGCCUUCUCGGCACAACUUACUCUUUUCGCGGACAAGCGGAGAACAAGGGAAAACAGGAAGAAGACGUCACAACUGUGCGCCAACUCGCUCCCUAUCGUCUUCUUUGCUGCUGCAGGCGGGCCGUGUCGCUUGUUGGCGUUGACGUUGAUGGUGCGCUACCUCGAUAUAGGCGGUUGUUAUCCCGUCUGGUGGUGCUUCGCCUGUGGGAUAGAUCAGCUCCGAAAUCGCAUGUUGAACUGGGACAAUAGCGAAGAGGCGAGCCAGGUAGCCUACGUUUUUCAGAGGCUGCUCCAAAGCGAGCAAGGACCUGCAAUGCUAGCUCAAUAUAAUUCAUCCACCGGCCGUACCACGCUCUCUUCCUUCACUAGGAUGCUCAGCAACCAGCAGGACGGCAAUUAUGAGCUGGGAUGGUCCCCCGAUACCGUUGCUGGAGUUUUCUACAUGAUGAGUGUGGCGACUCAACAACCGGACUUUGAUCCAGUGUCGAUACAAGAGGACCGGUGGAUCGUCCUAAUCGUUGAACACCUCGUCAGCUCUGACGACUUAGCACGCCAAUGGUCAUUAUUGCUCUUGGCGACCAUCUGGUCGCACGACCAGAUCGUAACGGCUGAUCACCUGAAAAGGAUACUGGACCUCCUAGUCGAACGCGUGGCGGACAACAACGAGCAGACAAGGUUUGCGGCUCUGUACUGCUUGUGGCAGUAUUUCCUGUCGGAUGCAUACAGCCGAGCGGAUACGUCUCUUCGAGGGCUCGUGCUACGUGCCGCUGCCAGGGUCUUUGCGACAACGCAAACCGACGCGUCCAUAUUAGUGAGAAGGUUACUCUUGGUCUGCGUCGAAACUAUUCAGGAAAAGAGGCCGUAUUGGCUCUCGUUGUCUCCUUGGUGCUACAUGGCCACCAGAGUAAAGGAUGAAGGCGGACCCGCUCUCGAGAAAGAAUGUGCACUCCUACUCCAGUGCUGCUUACGCUGCUGCGACGAAUGCGAUACGGUCGAAAUGUCUGCAGAGCGCUUGGCAGCUUUAGAGGCUAUCUGCAAUGCCAUCACUCGGUUAUGUGAUGACCCAGACACUCGACUCGCCUCGCUCGCUCGGGAAGUCUUCAACAAAGCAAACACGUCCGCACGGGAUUCGGCAAUAGCCCAAUGUCUUCCGUUGCUACGACAACGGCUGGAGGAUUUCGAGGACGUCAUUGAUGAUAUGGAUCCCUCCUCCGAUUCCAAGACAUCGUCUGCGCUAUCGAGCAGUACUUUUCGAGGCAAUGGAGUUGAGACCGAGCAACACGCCAACGUCUAUUCGCGACUCUUGAUUGCGGUCAGGAAUGUUGUCCACCAACACUAUCCUAAAGAAAGAUCUCCUUCUUACGUGACCGAGGAAUUAGUAGAACAGAUCAACGGGUGGCGACAUUGUAUGGAACUCUAUUUCCAUUCGUCCCGUCUAAUAUGGACUGAGAAGAAAUUGAGCAGAAAGGAGCUACAAGCCGCCGAGAAAGUUCGCCGAGGCAAACAUACAGCGUUCGAGUCUGAAAGCCGAGCUGACAAGUCUUGGGCGACUGAGAAAGCGAAGAUUGAGGUGGAUUCAUUGCUCAACGCUGUUAGGUUCCAUUCAUUCGAAGCUUUGAUGGCGACUUCAGAGCCUCGUCGGACCGUAUUCUACGAUCUCGACAACUUGCAAGCCACAGACAGAGUCACGUUGACCAUCCCGCCCAGAUGGGGUGAUCUUCUGUGCACCAGAUUCCUUGAAGAGCAACACGAUGUCGGCACGACCAUGCAAGUCACAUCCGAGGGCGUCGUCAGGGUACAACGACACGUCCUAGAUGCGGAUCAAGACGCUCAGACAACGUUGCUUUUCCGUUGCCCAAGAGCGUCCGGAUACAACGUAGUGACGAGGUGGUCCGUACUCCGGCAAGAAUUAUCCAUCUCACCGAAAGCAGGUACGAUCGUGCAGUGGAAUCUGCAAGAAGCGCGCCAGACUCGCAAGUAUCGGUCCGUCCGCUCGGUACCGAUCACUUGCCUGGAUUAUGAAAAGGAGACCGGUCAUCUGCUCCUCGCUGGCUACGAGGACGGCUGUCUGGAGCUGUUCGAUCAACGGCAGCAGAAAAGACCGUCCGUUGCUCUCUGGAACGCGAAUUUGGGCAGGAAAUCCCUGUUUUGCCACUUGACGACCGGUCAAGAGAUCGUCUCGGUACAUGAAAACGGUACCAUGAACAUUUGGGAUUUGCGAGUCCCCGAUCAGCCGAUCUCGACCAAUCACAACUCGCUCGACACGGAAGGGAAAAUUACCAUUGCCGCCACGGGGAUGGACUCGGUUUCACUAUUCGCACAACUCUCGCUCUACCCGCCUGACACUUCGCCCGAAUUGUCCAUCGGACGGGUCUCGUUCCCAACACCCGUCCAGACCUCGGUUCUGAAUCUUCCCGGCACUUUGCGGCCGGGCGAUCCGGCUUGUCUCGCGUUUCAUCCAAACUCGCUCAUGCUCGCCAUCGCGACGCCUGCCGAGAGAGAGGGUAGAACCACGGUCUCGAUUCGGAGUAUCAAUUAGAUCUUGUUCAUUCGUGCCUGUGACUUUUUCUUUGUACACGUAUCGAUAUCAUUCUAUGCGGGCAAUUCCCUCCACGCCAAGAGGUGUCCCUCUUGUCCAUCGAACACCUUAUCGACCCUCCUUGCCAGCCUCACCAUCAUCGCCUCGGCUUCCAC